GCGCACCCCGGCCACAUGGAGCAGCUAAAGGCUUUAGACCAUGAAGUAAAUGAACUUGUGGACUAUAUGUUUGGACCUCGAGAUUCCAGGGUCAGAGGUUGGUUCCUGUUGGACUCCUAUCUACCCACAUUUUUCCUUACUGUAACCUAUCUGCUUUCCAUAUGGCUGGGUACUGAGUAUAUGAAGAACAGGCCUGCCUUCUCACUCCGGGGACAUCUCCUGAUAUAUAACCUUGGAAUCACACUACUUUCUUUAUACAUGCUCAUAGAGCUCAUUCUUUCCACUUGGGAAGGAAGCUAUAACUUACAAUGUCAGAACCUUCACAGUGCAGGAGAAGCGGAUGUCCGGGUGGCCAAGGUGUUGUGGUGGUAUUAUUUUUCUAAAGUAAUUGAAUUCAUGGACACCAUUUUCUUUGUACUACGGAAGAAGAACAGUCAAAUCACCUUCCUUCAUGUAUAUCAUCAUGCCACCAUGUUUAACAUCUGGUGGUGUGUUCUGAACUGGAUACCUUGUGGACAAAGUUUCUUUGGACCCACCUUGAAUAGUUUUAUCCAUGUUCUGAUGUAUUCCUAUUACGGAUUGUCUGUCAUUCCAUCCAUGCGCAAGUAUCUGUGGUGGAAGAAAUACCUCACUCAGGCACAACUGAUUCAGUUUCUUCUCACCAUUACACACACCCUUAGCGCAGCUGUGAAGCCGUGUGGAUUUCCAUUUGGUUGCCUCAUGUUUCAGUCCUCAUACAUGACUACGCUGGUCAUUCUCUUCAUAAACUUUUAUAUUAAGACAUAUCAGAAAGCACCUUCAAGAACUGACAUGAAGGAGGUCCCAUCUGUGACAGAACUCAAGAAUGGUUUCCAUAAAGACUACUUGGCUAGAGCCAAUGGACUUCUGACUAAUAAGAAAGCACAAUAAGUAUAACAGCUCAAUAUUACAUCAUAGUAUUCCUUUCAGUUUUGCUAAGAAGAGACAAGAGACUGAGUUAUGAGACACCACUUUAGUGUAAACCCUGACUCAGUUUGGUUACCUGUAACAGUUCUUUGUAGCAGACAUUUUAUUCAUGUAUCGUGGAUGAGGUUUUUAACGAUGUGUAGCUUAAAUUCUUUGACCAAGAUCAACUUCAAAAUGAUACAAAGUGAUUUAAGGUCUAUCACUCGGAUCCAAAAUGCAAAGAAAAAAAUUCCACAAUCUGAAAUGCUGACACAAAAAAAUGCCUUACAAAGUAUUUCACUGGGAAAUCCAGACAGUGGUUCUGUUUCAAUGGUAGCCUUCAAAAGUUAAGGCUCUGUUCAGACUAAAAAGGUUAGAACAUCCUACAGGAAAGCAAGGCACUGGAACAAGUACUUUGUAUUCCACAAAUUUGUCUCAUAGGCAGCUGGGUACUCAAGUCAGUUUUUGACUAGUUCAGCAGAGAUCACCUGCGGAAACUCAGCAGGAUAGCUAUCCUACACCAACACAUCUACCCACUAAUCACAGCCUUGCUUGGUCCACUCAUAGCAACUGCUGACACACACCAGGCCUUCAAAUGCUAUUCCUAAGAUUCCCAGAAAAACAGAAUUGUCCUCCUUAAUCAUCAAGGUGUUUUCAGCUCUGAAAAUUAAUAGUUAAUUGCAGAAUAAAUUACUACUGCAGUAAAAUGUACAACUUCAGCAUGCCCAGGUAGAGCAAAAUGUGUGUGGUGUUUCUGUGCACAUAGGACCCAAUCCAAAGCUUCCAUGGGAUUGGAUAAAGUUUCCUGCCUCUUUGGCCACACUUCAGCUAGGAUCAUGUCUAUACUGCAAAAUUACAGUGCCAAGCAUGGUGCACUCUAAUCCAUUGCACCACAUGCUAGCUGGUAAACCAGUGGUUUCUGAGCAUGCUGCUGCCUGGCAAGGCAACUUUGCAGUGUAGACCCACUUUAGGAUUUAAAAGGUGUUGUGUUGCAUGGUGUUAACUAGCCGAAUCCAAUUUACCUUGUUAACACCUUGUCUUGAACCCAUUCUAGUUACCAUUCAAGACACUUGAAGGAGACUUUAUGCUUCAAUAGAUUGAAAAAUCCAUAAAACAGGCUGCAACAGAUGACAUACAGCGUCCUAAACCAGGCAGUUGAA